CGGCGGUUCGACUUACUGUAAAAGCACGCGAGGGGCUCCAACUUCCUCUGUGAUUGAAUUUCCAAUCUCAAGUUUUUUUCUGAUCCUUCCGUAUCCCCAUAAUGUCCUCUGUCUGCGAACUUCAACCCUCAACGACAGUCACGGCGGUACAGGAGAGCAAAAUCCACCUCGCAAUGGCGAACCAGGACCAUGACUUCCGCAAGCUGUUGGCUGCGCUUACAUUAGAGGAAAAGGUCCGCCUACUCUCAGGCGAAAGCUUCACAGCAGCAGCCGGCGUAAAACGACUAAACAUUCCACCAAUCAAGGUCGCCGACAGCACAAGCGGCGUCCGCCCCUCGCAGCACGACAGCGACAUGACAACAGCCUGCUUCCCCAACACAACAUGCCUCGCCUCAACCUGGGACGUCGACGCGCUGGAAGACCUUGGCGAGAAACUCGCGAAACAGGCGAAAAUGAAAUCCGCGCAGGUUGUCCUCGGACCAAACAUUAACAUGCAUCGCGAUCCGCGCGGGGGCCGCAAUUUCGAGGCCUUUAGCGAAGAUCCCUUGCUGGCUGGACACCUUGCGGGCGCUGUUGUUAGGGGUGCGCAGAGGCAUGGCGUUGGCUCCUGCCCGAAGCAUUUCGUUUGCAAUGAUUCGGAGUUCAUGCGGCAUUAUUAUAAUGUGGACCAGGGUGUUGAUGGACGGCCGCUCAGGGAGAUUUAUCUGGCUGCUUGGAGUCAUCUUCUCCGCGUUUCUGAUCCGGUGGCGAUUAUGAUGGCGUAUGUACUCUUCGUUUCCUGUGCGAGGGAGCUUUGCAGCUAACGGGGUGAUUGACAGGUAUAACAAGGUAGAUGGAACGUAUUGCAGCGGGCACUACGAUCUCAUCGAACGCGUACUGCGGAAAUCGUGGGGUUUCAAGGGCCUCGUCAUGUCAGACUGGUUCGGCACGCGCUCGACCGUUGAAGCAAUCAAAGCGGGCCUCGACCUCGAGAUGCCCUUUCCAGUGCAUCGCGGCCCAAAGCUCAUCGAAGCCAUCAAGUCCGGAGAACUUACCCAGGCGGAGAUCGACGAACGAGUAUUGAAGCACCUGGAAUUGCGAAACCGAACGCGCGAAUCUCAUGCCGAUGCGGAUGCAGAGGAAUACUCGGAAAUCGACGAGGCGACGAAUCAGACAGCUAGAAAGCUCGCAGAGGGUGGAAUCAUCCUUCUUAAGAACGAGAAUGGUACUCUACCUCUGGAUCCCGAUGCAACGACACGUCUGGCUGUCAUCGGCGAGUUUGCUCGUGAUGCCGUGGUCACUGGAGGAGGCAGCGCGUCCUGCAAUCCGCAGUACAGAAUACCCCCCGUGGAUGCUCUGAAAGAUGUCUUCGCCGACGCAUCUCGCGUGAUGUUCUCAGCAGGUGUCAAAACCAGACGCAUCAUCCCCCUGGCACCCACUUCACUGCUGCAAACGGCCGAUGGCCACCCCGGAGUGGAAAUCAAGUACAUCAACGACUCCUCUCCCGACGCCCCAAUCCUCGUCGAGCGCCGCGACAAGCCAUCUGUCUGGAUGAUGGGCGAGUUUCCCGAGGGCUUGAAAGUCCCCGGGUCACGCAUCGAGCUUACCACAAACUUUACAUGCCCCAGCACUGGGAAGCAUACACUGGCUGUGCGCCGCAGCGGGGCGUUCCGUCUGCACGUCAACGGCGAGGAAGUCUUGAUGGGGUCGCAGCCAGAUGUCACGACCGAGCAAUUCAUCUUCAACCACAUCCUACUCGAGUCGCGGGUGGAGAUGGCCAUGGAGGCGGGUGCCGUGUAUGGAAUCAAACUUGUCGUCGAGUCCCGCGACAAGAUGACGAUCGGAGAACCAACGCCCUACGCGGCGAGUCUAUGCUUUGAGGAGUUCUACGACGAAAAGCAGGCAAUUCUCGAUGCAACAGAGGUCGCACGCACAGCGGACACGAGUAUCGUCUUUGCCGGCCGUGACGGCCAGUACGAGUCCGAGGGAUACGAUCUUGAAGAGAUUGCCCUGCCCGCCAACCAAGUCGCAUUGGUUCGAGCCGUCGCAGCUGUCUCCAAAAAGACAAUCUUGGUCCUACACUGUGGGAACCCCAUCGAUGUCAGUGCGGUCGUAAAUGACGUGGAUGCGAUUAUCUGCGCGCAUUUUCCUGGGCAAGAGGGCUCGCGGGCAAUCGCAGAUAUCCUUACUGGAAAGGUCAACCCGAGUGGGCGGACUGCGACGACGUGGUGGAAGACACUCAAGGACGCACCUAGUUUUGGGGACUUUCCAGCGCGGAAGAAUGACAAGGGAGAACUUACCCUUGAAUACCAGGAGGGGCUCCAGGUUGGAUAUCGGCAUCCAGGGAAGGAUCGCGUGCAGUGGCCGUUUGGAUACGGCCUCUCGUACACGACAUUCGACUACUCAGACCUCAAUGCUACUGUCUCUGGGGCUGGAUCAACGGCAACGUUGGAGUGCUCAGUAACGCUGACCAACUCUGGUUCAAGGGCCGGCCAUGAGGUUGUCCAGGUUUUCAUUACACCAGCCGAGCGAACGGCCGUUUGGCGACCUGAGCAGGAGCUGAAGAUGUUCACAAAGGUCUUUCUGUCGCCAGGUGAAUCCAAGACGGUCUCGCUGAAGGAUGUGCUGCGCGUUGCUUGUAGUUACUGGGAUGAGACGGAGAAGCAGUGGAGGAUGGAAGAGGGCGUUUACGGGGUAUUGGUCGGUGGGCUUCGUUCGACAUUCUCGGUUUCCGAGGGCGAGCUCUGGGAUGGUUUAUAGAGAUGAGGAGAGGUUCCUGUUAUUAAGUGCGUGUGUAGAAAUUAUAGACAUAGUUCAUUAUUCAAUAAGUUGACUUUUACUUGUGAGG